UUCUGAAAUUAUUAAACCGGAUGUUGUUGUCGGCUGACUCCACUUCCUCCCCUGCAUCGUUUUACACACAUCAACAUUUUGUCAUUGACUACAAGCAAAUAUUAAUGAAAUGUCGGCGAAACCAACUUGUUUAAUUGUUGCAAGUGCUUCUCCUCAAGGGGUGUCAGCGAAAUCUUUUCUUCAGUGCUUUAGUCUUUGCAGCACGGCGUUUAACCUGCAGACCGCCACACCUGGGGGGAAGCCAAUAGACUUUAUAGGAAUUGAUGAAAGCACAGCUAGAUGGGUGCAGGACUUCAAUUUGAAAUCUUAUGCAACACCAGCCAAACUGGAAUCUAUAGAUGGUGCAAGAUACCAGGCUCUGCUCAUCCCAGACUGCCCUGGAGCACUGAAUGACCUGGCUCACAGCGGGUCGCUGCACCGCAUUCUCACACAAUUCAUCUCUCAACAAAAGCCUGUCUGUGCUGUGGGGCAGGGAGUUUCUGCACUGUGUUGUGCCACUGAGGGGCAAAGGUGGAUUUUCAGUGGUUACAGCUUAACAGGGCCGUCAGUGUUUGAACUGGUGCGGAAGCCCGACUUUGCCAACCUGCCCCUGAUUGUAGAAGAUUUUGUGAAAGACAGUGGUGGAUCAUACACAGCAAGCCAAGAAGAUGCUGUGCACAUAGUCGUAGACAGACACCUAAUAACUGGACAGAAUAUGCAGUCAACAUCCCUCGCUGUGAAUAAUCUAAUCCUUCUUUGUAAUGCCAAAUAAAUGUUGUUCCAUGUCUAUAUAUAUGUAAUCACACAAACGAAAGAUGCUGGGUCAGAUGCUUGCCAACAGUAUUAUAAAUUAAAUAAAAGCCACACAGUGUACUGUUUUGAUAAGUGAAAAAAGUCUUGAUGAUGGAUGAAUCUUCUCAUUAUUUCUGACCUUGGAUUUAGAGAUGCUGCAGUUGAAGUCCUCCGAGCAAGCACAAACCCUUUCAUUUUAACUUCACACAUAGUGAUGAUCACGUACUUUGUUGUUGAGUGCAACUGUGUUACCAUGUUGAUUAUACUAUACAAAUUACAUCAUAAGAGAAAAGAAAUAAAACAUACUGAAGUACACACCAUUUGCUUCAAGUACCUUUUAAAAUAAUCAAACUCCAGUUUCAUUCACACAGACAAGAUUUCACACUUGUAUCAUCCUAAAACAAUUUUAAUAUUAUAUAAACCCUGUCAAUACGUCGUUUCAGUGAUCAGUUCAAAGACAAAAGAAAAAACUUACAUACAGCAAAAACUUCACUGUUUUAAAAUCUUCACCAAAAUGUCCCACACUCAUAGGAGGUCAUAGAAAUAAUCCAGUCCUUGUCCCAGUUCCCAUAAGGAAAUUCCUGUUCCCAGUUCAGCAGCUAAAGAGACCCUUGAGUAGAUUGACUAUAAAACAAAAGAGGAAGAUUGUUAAUCACCUGAUAUUACUGCUAAAAAAGUUUUAUGUUGCUUAAAUUACAAAUGUCAAGAGUUUUACCUUUAAUGAUGGAUAGUACACCACAUGCUUAACUGCAUUGCUCCUGAUGUAAAAGGGAGAAGGAUCUUUCUUUAGAGACACUUAUGACUUUGAUUUAAGCAACAUUUUCCUGAUUUAAAACUUAUUAAAUGGGUACCUUUUGUAGCUGAAAUAAUGCUCAGCAGAAUAUUCAUCCCAAAUAAUCUUUGGCCUUUGUUCUCGCAAAAUCUCAAUGUACCUGCAGGAAAUCACAGGAGGAGUGUUAAAAAGCUCUUU